GAUCCCCAAGGGUCUUAUGCCAGAUGCUUGCUAUCGCUGGACUCUGCGGAAACCCAAAUGAACAUCUUGAAGGGUCAUCACUUGUGUGCAUCGAGGACUGGCGUGCCUCGAUGGGGUCGCGAUCUUGAAUGUGAAAUGGGCGCAUGACGGGUCGACGUUGCCGUCAUUUCGGCUACCUUCUCAUGGGCCAUGGGUCUCCAAGCCGGGCUCGACGAAGGAGGCAAGUCUACACAUGGCUGGCUCCAGUCCCCACCCUCAUUCACCGUUACGCAGAGGUAUAUACUUGGGGAGGGUUUCGAUGUUGUUGUCCGCCAACUGCAGUCCGUCUUGAAACCAGCUAGACCGGCUGUCCACCAGGUCGAUGCCGCAUCUGGACACCUUUCGUGGCCAUACCCGUUGCGUGAACGGUUCUUAAUGAUUUUGGGCGCUCGCCAGUGCCCGUUUGGGAAGGUAUCGAGUGAUUCAUUGUCGAUCAAAGGGCUUGGAUCUGUGCAGUAUGCUGUGGCAGCACGUAGUCUUGGGCGUCAAGUCUGGGGAACAUGGCCCGCGUGCUACCCGUCUGCGCAGGGAGGUGAGAUGAGCCGUUGGAGGCAAGCUGGUGCCCAGCCAACCCAGCAAGCUUGUAUGAAGCAUAGUCAAGUGACCUUUGCUCUUCCUGAACGAGCCGUGCCUGUGUCGACACUCGCGUCACGGUGCAGUCUGCGCAUGUUUUCCCGUGCACUCUCGACCUUGCACAGACGGUCAAGUCAGUUCACCUUCCAGAGACCGGCCGACUGGAUGACCGCAACUUUCCAUCACAUUGUCUUGGACCGUCUGUCACUUUGUGGCUUCCAGCUAACGACCUUGUCAAAACGCAGGUGGAGACGGACAAACAGUCACUCUGGGAUUUCACAGGCUCGCAGGAAGCACACCUUGACGGUGUGUCGGAAACAGAGAAAUACUUGGCUAGAGUCACAUCUGUGGCCGUCACUUGAGCGCAGAAAGGUGCUGUUGAUCCUGGCCCAUCGCGAGAGAACUGACGCGCCAAUGCGCUCCUGCGUUUGUCAAGCUGAUAUUUGACCCAGAGCUGGAGCGGUCGGUCCAUGGCGAUUCAGCAUCUUCAUUUUCUUACUUCAAGUCCCUGUCCCGUCGAUGGUCAUUGAGUAACUGCCAACUCUGUUGGACUGUUGUCCUUUCAAGUCGACCAUGGGAGAACGCAUAGCGAUCCAGUCGAUACUCAACACCACCUCGCCACGUUUGUCACCUUAC